AUGCUUCUGGAUCCCUUUUCAGUCAAAUGUACCAAGGAGGUGUUUGAGGCUCUUCAUUCUCACCAAAAACUCCUAGGUGAAUUGGCCAUAGCACCUGAGGAUUUUUCAGCAGAAACUGUCCCUUGCUUAUCUUGGAAACCUGAUCCAAAAAUUCAAAUCAACCCAACAGUUUAUAAUGGUGGUCUCCUUGACACAGAUCUGGCAGCAAUUCAUAACUGGAUAUUUGUUAAACUUCCGCAACCUGCGGAAAUGGAGCGCCUGGAUAUGCUUCACUAUACCACUGCUCAUGCUCGCACCCUGCUACUUGCUUAUCGACACCGGGAAGAAUUUCUCAAUAGUGCCCCUGACAAUUUGGCUGAUGUGGACCAGUAUAUUGUUCAUCAAGCAUGGAACAGAUUGGUUGCAUGGACAGGUCUUUCUGUGGAUGGAAAAUCCAAAAGAUCAAAAGGAGCUGAUGUCAAUUAUGAGGCAGUUAGUUUAUUGGAUAAAAUUAUGUUUGAUGAAUCCAGUAGGGCAGGAGUUGCAGGUAAUCAUCAAUGGGGCUUAGAUGUUGGACCACAUGAGAUGGGUUGGAAUCCACAGUUUACUGGCCCUAAUGUAACUGUAGGAAAGAGGAGAGAGGGAAAUGAUGAUGAAGAAGUACUGAAAGGGAAAGGAUAUAAUCAUGAAGCUGAAGAGGUGGAAAGAAAGAAAGCAAAGCUUACUGAACCAUCACACAAACAGCAGAAGAGAAAAGCAAAAGACAGCAAUAUGGUCAAGGCAGUUAAGAAGAGGAAGAAGCAGUAG